GUACGCCAAUUUCAGACAUUAAAUGCUCCACACCAAAUGGCAGCCUUGGUGUCAUAGUGCUUUGUUUCUUCCCCUGGACGAUCUCUCGUUGUGUGUGUGUGUGUGAUGUGGACACACCUUAACGACCUUCGAAAAUACAGGGGUACCCGAGCGAGCGUGGCAAGGAUUUCACGAUUGUUUCUUCGCUGACACUUCUUUCACGCUAAAAAGAUGUCCAGUUUUGCAUCAUAUUUGUCGUCUUCUUUAGUGUUGCACCGAUAUUACACGUUUCGUCUAUAGAACCGCCGUAAUUGCAGCUGUGAGCCAUUGCGUCCGCUGAUACGGGUUUCCAUAACUCGCGUGCGUGACCUUGACCGCCGUUUGCGAGUGUGCCCGGCGGCGCGGUUGUGUAAAGGCUGUCACCAGCGGAUACUCUGUGUCGUUCUUUGUCAUUUUCUUUUUGGAAUGAAGUAGAAACUGUGUAACGGUCGCAUAGAGGAAGUCCAUCUCUGUUCACGCAAGUGCUCCUCGCUUUGACGAGGAUAUGCUCUCGUGAAGACAUUGAAAAGCCGGCCCUUGGGAGGUCGUUUCGAAUUCAGGAGGUGCUCAGGCGUGACCAGACCAGUGGCUUUCAGGUCCAUCUCUAGUAUGGAAGGAUCUCAGUAUAGGGAAAUAAGGAGAAGGCGUCGCAGCCCCGGCAGAGCACCGGUGGCACAGACUGUCUUCAUUCGGCGCUACCUGCUAGCUCUCGUUGGAUUUUCGCUCGUUGUCUUCGGUUGCACAGAUACAACCCUCUUCUGUUCGGCUGUUUCGUCCUCCACCCCGCCUCCCUCGAAAGAAAGCUUUGACGAGCUACCGACGAGCCCUCCGUUUUCCUGGGUUGCUCGUCUCUACCGGACAGCGCGACCGUAUCUUCCGUCAUUCCUGCAGUCCUGGGAGCUGCAACUUCCAUCGGAAUCUUUCCCUGAGUGUCUUCACUUUCCGUCCCUGACACAGCUUUCGGAGGAUGCGCGGAUUGUCCAACCAAUUCUCCAUCGCCUGAAACAGCGAACCUUUUUCCGCAUCUUCAAACUGUCGUUAUUGGCGGAUACGUGCGCGGACCCGCGCCUGGAUCAUCUGUUGAGGGAUAAUGCUGAUAAAUGCACGGAGCCCCAGCGCUGCGGACUCUGUCAGUGUUCAGACGAUGAAAUUCCGCAAACAUGGAGACAAAAACCGGACGAAGAGUUCGUCGACAGGCGUCACUCAGCGUCCUUCACUCGGUGGACACAAGACCAGUCCAGCAGGCAGCCGGACGACCCUUUCUCGAUGUUCAAGACACCAGAACGUCUGCAGGGGGGCACAUUUCCAAAGCGCAACGUUACCCAAGCGACUGGCGUUUACGUCGAUCUACUUUUGAAUCCGCCGUGUUUCACGAAAUACGACGGCGGGGCAGUAUGGCGUCUUCUGUAUGAUCAAGUGCCAUUACCGCACCUGCAAAACGAAGGCGCUGUCGCCGGUUCUGGAAAGAGCUCAGAGAGCGAAAACCUGUUUCCCGAGAGCCUGAACGACCCUCAUCUAUCGGGCGCCUCGAGCGCUUGGGCGUGUUCCAACAACGCGAAUCUGCGGCGGUUUCUGUCUGGGAUGCAAGCGAACAUUGCUGCACUGGCUGCUGCGAACUUCAACACGAGAGAUGACGCACCCCCCCCUAUGCCGUACCCGACAACUUCAAUGGUGCCUCCAAAUUCAGGCGGAAACGGAGGCAACGGCACCCCGGCACCUCCCGUCUUCAUCUCGAAUCUAGAUUUCUUUCGCGAGCGCCUUGCCGUGCACCCUGCGAGAAUCCAGAAUUUGUAUUUCACUUUCGGAGUUUUGCUACGCGCGGCAUGCGGUCUUACGGAUAUACUGCAGGAGUGCUCCUGCGAGACUGGAAACAACCGUGAAGAUCUGUCGACCAGGGCAGAGCUGCUUCACAUGCUCAACGUAACGACCUCGUCGCUGCACGCUUGCUCGUCGGAUCAUAUGAACGAGUCCUUCUUCGACAGUUCCAGACUGCACUUCCUGCAGACAACUGAAGGCAUCGACAAGCUCUUACGGUGCGUUCCGUGCGAGAAGUGUCGCCUUCAUGGCAAGAUCAAAUUAACAGCAUUGCACAUUGCUGCUCGGAUGCUCUCCCCAUUACAUGCAAUGCCGUCACUUGAGCGGAACCAGGUCGCUGCGCUAAUCAAUGCGCUCUACUACUUUGCAGAAUCAAUCCGCGUGGUGGAGCACAUGCAGGACCGAAUCUACAUGCACAAUGUCAGCGUUUGUGCUUUCUUCAUCGCUCUGCUGUUGCUCGUGCUCCUGUUCAUUGUUUAUUUUGUCUGGACUAGUGGGGUGAGGUCGAGACGCAAACGUAGGCAGAAGCUGAUGCUGUCAAAGAAGAAGCUUAUCUAGGGGAAUUGCAUAGAAAGGGAAGCAAACUCGCGGUAGCGCUUUUGUUGGCCUUGGUUUGUCCUGUUAACAUUGUAAUACUGAGGCAACUUCUUCAAUUUCAGUUUACCCGAAUGUCGUUUUUGCCAGAACCAUCCUUCUUCCGCAUGUUUCUACGAUUAGUAUCUCUAUUAGCGCAUUGUCCGCCGGACUUUAGUGGCAUCCGGUACGGUGCAACCGACUUGUGCACAGGCACAGCCGCAUGUGCAAGUGCGAAACGUGGCUGAGUAUCACGUCUUACUGGCGUGAGAAUGUGAGACGGAGCUGCGAAACGCUGUGAAGAAUGUUCGCAGUGUCAACAAGGAUGCAAACAACCCCGUUGAUUCGGGUAUACUUUUAGAAGAGGUCCGAGGGAUAUGCAUAAUUGCUGUACUCGUGGCUGUGCCGCGCACUCGCUGCAGUGUCAUUGUGGUCGCAAGUGUCAUGCAUUUCAAUGCCGUUCCGAAAUCUCGUCACAUCUUUUCGAUUAUGAAUUAGCUGUGACAAUACCGCA